AUGGUGACUCGAAAACCGCUACCAGCGUCCGCUGUCCUGAGCCCAGGCGCAGCCGCCUCAACACCAUGGUCGCCGGAGAAAUCCACCAGCGACGAGACGAUAUGGGGAGACAACGACGGAGCGCAACACCAGCAUAAUCCAGAUGGGAACACAAAUCUCGCGCCACCAAGCGACCUCAGUGCUCCCCGAUCCGGCGGUCCGUCCAGCAGUUUCUCCAGCCUGGGCGACGAAAGCAAUAUCUGGGCCGACGACGUAUCCGCGCUGUCGACCACAGUAGAUGGUGAUCUAGGCGGCCAAGCGCCACCGCGGGCGCUUCCGCAGGGGGAUCAUGGUAGCUCCGGCGCAGCGAUAUCCGGCCCGCCGCCCUCCAAACCGGAAACGAAUCCCUUUAAAAGGAAAAUGUCGCUCAGUUCGAUGGGUUCGGCAGCGUCGGGCCAGCCAGCACCGCCGCAGCAUGCUCCCCCACCUGUUCCGCCUGUGCCGGUUGCAGAUUUCUCGCAGCUGAGUGUUAGUGAGCCGAGUACCAACCCGUGGCAUCCGGCUUUGAAGGAAAAUUCCACGGGUGUGAGCAGCAACGCAGCCGCAACACCGCCGAGGCUGCCGGAGCAGGAUUCCACCGGCGGGGAUAACGUGUGGGCGUCGUCUUCGGCUCGGCCCUCCCGUCCACCGAGUCCGGGGUUGGGCGCCGAGUCGCCUACGGUCGUGUCGAUUCCGUCGGAGGAGGAGUCGGGCGGGGGCUGGGAGGAGGAACCGAAGAAACAGCCUUUGCGGACCGCUCCGAUUCGGGCGGCGGAUGGGGAGAUUCUGGAGGAUACACACGCCUGGGAUGAUUUGAGGAGUCUUGAUAAGGGCAAAAAUGCUGCUGCUGGUGGGCAGGCACCGCCAAUACCGGGCAAGGCGCCGGCGGGGGGUGACGAGUGGAAUCUGAUCGAUUUAGAACCGGCUCCGCGGUCGCUGUCAAGACAGAGUACAUGGGAGAACUUUAAGGAUGACGAUCAGGCUGGGAAAGCGGCAUCUGCGCCAGCACCAGCUCCGGCUCCGGCUCCGACAUCAGCGUCAGGCCCAUCAGCGGCAGAGCCAUCGGCAUUAGAACCCGCGACUGAGGAAGCUCCCGAAUUACCACCAAGACACUCCAAGGAGUUGCCGCCCCCACCGCCGCGCGUCGUCGACGAGUCGGAGACAUACCAAAUCAAGAACAUCAACUGGUUCGACGCAACAGCAGCCAAGAACCCCCGCACCUCCCCAAUCCUCGUGCAAAACCUCAACGGACCCUGCCCCCUCGUCGCACUAGUCAACGCGCUCACCCUCACCACCCCCGCCGACAAGACCAACACGGCACUUGUAGAAGCGCUUAGGUCGCGCGAACAAGUCAGCCUAGGUCUGCUGCUAGGCGCCGUAUUCGACGAGCUCAUGUCCGAACGACGCGUGAAACCUGACGUGCCACUCCCCGACGUGACAGAGCUGUACGACUUCCUCAAGGGCCUGCACACAGGCAUGAACGUCAACCCGCGGUUUGUGCCCACGCGCGAGGUCGUCACGGCGUUUAAGCGGACGUCUCUCACCCACCUCCACCCGACGGAGCGCACCGAUCUGAGGAUCCCGGGGACGUUUGAGCAUACCAAGGAGAUGGCGCUGUACUCGACAUUUUCCGUGCCGCUGAUCCAUGGCUGGUUGCCGUCCCAGGGGAGUGACGGUGAGGACGACGGCGGCGCGGCCGAGGCACUAGCGCGCCAGGCGGCAUCGUACGAGGACACGCAGAACCUGCUGUUCCGCGAGGAGGAGCUGGAAGCGAAGCUGUGCGAUCCAGAUCAGGGGUUGACGCCGGACGAGCAGCAGCUGUACCAGGACGUGUUGACGAUCAAGGCAUUUCUGAGCGGGUCGGCUACGCAGCUGACGCGGUUUGGGUUGGAUGUCAUCAAGACGGCUAUGAAACCGGGGUCGGUGGCUAUUUUGUUUCGGAACGAUCAUUUCUCGACGCUGUAUCGACAUCCGCAGACGUUGGAGCUGUUGACGCUGGUUACGGAUGCUGGGUAUGCUGGGCAUGCGGAGGUGGUGUGGGAGUCGUUGGUGGAUGUCAGUGGGGAGAGUGCCGAGUUCUUCUCGGGGGACUUUAGACUCGUGGGUGGCGCCGGUGCCGGUCAUGGGCAGGGUCAUGGUCACGGCCAUCGUGACGAAGUGCCAGACAGCUGGGAAGACGCGGCUGAUGCACAGGGUCUUGGCAGCAGCAACUGGACGACAGUGCAGUCCCGGCGCGGUCGUCCGCAGAGCAACGCCGCACGACUGAGCACCAACCACCCCGGAGGCGACACCCCCCUAUCCCCAAAACACGAACAGGAAGACCGUGACCUAGCCCUGGCGCUGCAACUGCAGGAAGAGGAGGACGAACGCGCCCGACAUGAGCGGGAGCGCCGCCGAAGGGAGAGCAUGCUCUCAGAGCAGUUUAUCGAACAACAAGCUCCCCGCCGCGGCGCCCCCCUUAUGUCCCCGGCCCAACCCUCCGCCAUCCGCCCCUCUCCCGCAUCCACCAACCCCCACUCUGCCGUCGGCAACAUCGCCCCCUCCCGCCAACGCCCGCCACCAACCCAAGCCGUCCGCUCCCUCCUCCCACCUGUCCAGACCUCUUCUAGUCCCAAUCCCAACUCGGGCCGAACAGCAAUAAGACCACGCACCCACCGCCCCGCAGACAACGACGAAGACGACGCCCCGCCUAGUUACGAACAGGCCGCGAAACAGAUGCCGUAUGUCCCACCUGCUGGACAUCCUAGUCACCACGCCAGUCGGCAGGGCAACGGGUCUGGGAGUGAAUCUCCGAGGGUCGGUUCUGCUUCGGGGUCAGGUCCGGGCAGUGGAUACAGAGGCGUCGACGGCCCCGGUCCCGCCGCAGCCGCCGGUCUAGCAAACACCAUGCGAGGUGCCGGAUUCGGCGGGUAUGGAGCGGGUUAUGGAGCCGGGUUUGGAAAUGGAUUUGGGAGUGGAUUUGGAGGGGGGUAUCGGAGGGGUCCGUUGGUGGGGACGGGGUCCGGGUUGGGGACGGCUGGGAGUGGGGGACACGGGGGGAGUGGGCAUGGAAAUGGGGGGAGUGGGAGGGGAAGUGGGAGGGGAAGUGGGAGGGGGGAGGAUGGGGAAGAGGGGAGGGAGAGGGAGAGGGAUUGUGUGGUUAUGUAG